AUGCCCCACUCGGAUGACGGCAAAGAGGCUUUCGUGGAAGACGAUUCCAAGAUCGAUCCCACAAUCGUCAAAGAGCAAGAGGUUCUCGCCGACUAUGAUUACACAGAGGAAGAGAGCCGGGCCCUGACCCGCAAGCUGGACUGGCACAUCCUCCCCUAUAUGUGGUGGGCAUACAUCUUCAACUCCCUCGAUCGUUCCAACGUUUCCAAUGCCCAGUCCGACGGCAUGGGUACCGACCUCAACUUUCCCAACGAAGGCUACUCUCUCAUGCUCACCAUCUUCUUCAUUCCCUUCUGCUUGCUCGGUAUUCCCGGUGUGAUGCUCACGAGGAAGGUGGGGCCAAGAUGGACUGUGCCGGGUUAUAUGAUUGGAUGGGGAAGUAUGGCAGCCAUCUGUGCGGCGUGCAAGAACUUUGGAUCAAUUUUGGCUGUACGAAUUUUGCUGGGUGCAUUUGAAGCCGGUUUUGCAUCCAGUCUGGUCUUCUAUCUUACCACCUUCUACACUCGUGGCGAGCUCGGCAGACGUAUCGCGGUCUUCUACUCUUGCAAUGCCCUUUCCGGCGCCUUUUCCGGACUCAUCGCCUACGGCGUCUUCCAGAUGGAAUCUUCCUUGCACGGCUGGCAAAUCCUCUUCCUCAUCGAAGGUGCUUUUACUGUCGGCUUUGGGAUGGUCGUGGCAGUGAUGCUGCCUUGGUCUCUCGACUCUGCCAGGUUCUUGACAGCGAGGCAGAAGGAAGUGGGCCGACUGAGAAUCCUGAGGGACGGUAGUGCGGAGACAGGGACAAAAUUUAGCAUGUCCGCUUUCUUCAAGCCUGUGAAGGACUUCAAGUUCUGGGUCUUUGCUGGUAUCGGGUUGUCAUACGGAACCGCCACCUCCAUGGCCAGCAACUUCCUCACCCAGAUUGUCUCUCGCUUCGGCUACUCUGUCGUCAAAACCAACCUCUUCACCGUCGCUCCCUAUGUCACCGGUACCCUUGUCCUCCUCAUCACCUCCUACUCAUCCGACCACUACCGUGAACGUGCAUUCCACCUCGCUACCGCGCUGGUAUGGGUCAUGGUGGGGUGUCUGAUAUUGGUGGCGAUACCGGUUUCGAAUGUGGGGGUGGGCUACUUUGCAGUAUUUUUGAUUACGGCUGGGGCGUUCACGCCGUCCGUUCUGUUCCAUACCUGGCAUCAGAAUAACGAUGCGACGGAAGAUGGACGCGCUUUUAGGGUGGCAGCACUCACCUUCCUGGCAAACGCUGGUGGACUUGUCUCUUCCAACAUUUUCCUCGAUAAAUGGGCUCCAGCCUACCACAUCCCUCUCGCCAUCACCUGCGGUAUGGAAGGACUUGGCCUCGUCUUGAUCAUCGGCCUGGGCUUGUGGAUGAGGUGGGAUAACAAGAGGAGGAAUCAGGAGCAGGGAGUGCAAUUGUCGUCCGAGGAUGUGCCUACAGAGGCAUUGAAGGACGGUCCCAAAAAUCCGAGCUAUAGGCACUUUGUUUAA